CUCCAUGCUGUGGGGUCCCGUUCCCAGGUGUCGCAGGGGGCCCUUUAGGCCAGGAAUGGAAAUUGGGGUCCUGGGCUGGCGGUGGGGUCUGGGCGUCUUCACUCUCGCACGCUUUGCUUUUCGGCCCCGAAUUUUGGCGGAGCCGGCGGCGGCGCGGACGUGACGUCAUCACUAGGCGCCGCGCGCGCCCUGAGGGAGCCCUGACCUCGGGGCGUGCGGAGCGGCUUGGCGAUGCUGCGGCUAGUCCGGGCCGGGGCGCGGGCCUGGCUUCCGCCCACCCGCUGCCAGCGGCUGAACGUGCUGGCGGAAGAGGCAGCGCAGCCACCGGAGAAGCCGGAGCCGGUGGCGAGCCCGGGUCCCCAGGCACCGGUACUGCGAAAAUGCGAGCUCCCCGUACCCUCACACCGGCGUCCGGUGCAGGCCUGGGUCGAGUCCCUGCGGGGCUUCGAGCAGGAGCGCGUAGGUCUGGCCGAGCUGCACCCCGACGUUUUCUCCACGGCGCCCAGGCUGGAUAUCCUGCACCAGGUCGCCAUGUGGCAGAAGAACUUCAAGAGAAUUAGCUAUGCCAAGACCAAGACUAGAGCUGAGGUGCGGGGUGGUGGCCGGAAGCCCUGGCCACAGAAAGGCAGUGGGCGUGCAAGGCAUGGCAGUAUCCGCUCCCCAAUCUGGCGAGGAGGAGGUGUUGCCCAUGGCCCCCGGGGCCCCACAAGCUACUACUACAUGCUGCCCAUGAAAAUGCGGGUGCAAGGCCUCAAAGUGGCGCUGACCAUCAAGCUGGCUCAGGACAACCUGCACAUCGUGGACUCCCUGGAGAUGCCCACUGCAGACCCUCAAUACCUGACGGAGCUGGCCUGCUACCGCCGCUGGGGGGACUCCGUGCUCCUGGUGGACUUAGUACACGAGGACAUGCCUCAGAACAUUGUGGCAGCCACAACGGGGCUUAAGACCUUCAACCUGAUCCCAGCUGUGGGCUUGAACGUACACAGCAUGCUGAAGCACCAGACGCUGGUCCUGACCCUGCAGACUGUUGCCUUUCUGGAAGAGAAGUUGCUCUGGCAGGACUCACGUUACACGGCCCUCUACCCCUUCCGCCUGCCCUACUCCGACUUCCCCUGAGCCCCGACCCUGCGCCCCAGGGCCCAUCAGCUGCCUUCCUUCCUGCAGCGCUCUCCAUGCCAGGUGCCUGCUCUGAGCCACUCCAAGACCCUGGCCGGUUUGGGGGCCUUGCACCCACCCUGCGAGGGCAGCACUAUCCAGGCUCCGUCGUCCCAGUAGGAAGCUGAGGCCGUGAAGAGCGGCUGGGCGGGCCAGGCAGGCGUCACAGUCAUGGCCAGGAAGGGGCAGCUCGGCAGAGAGCCCAAUCAAGCUCCCGUCCAAUUCUCUCUUUUCUGUUUUAAAGAUAAGCUUUAUUUUUUUAAUUACAGAGGAGAAACAGAACAGCUCAUUGCCAUGUUGUGAAUAAUUCCAUCUGGCAAGUCGGGCUCUUUCCUCGGUGCUGGGCACCGCCAGUCCCUCUCUCCUCAAGGGGCGACCUCAGUGCUGUUUAUAGGAAUGUCUCAGAGUUAGCUUCCCUGGGUGAGCCAGCCUGCAGGGACUCACAGAGGGUUGGAGCACUGCCCUUUCCUGGGGACCUGCUCCUGGCACCUCCUGGCUCUCGGGCACCCAGACCCUGUUAGGAGAGCAUGUGUACUGGAAGCUGGGAGGUUGCCUGGGACAGCUAGUGCCGAGGGGAUGUGGUUGUUCAUAGUGCUGUACACCUGCUUUCCUAACAGGCUCUGGGUCCCAUUUGUUAUGGUCCUUCAGCCCGAUGUGCGGGCUUGAUUCCACUAGAAGGUGCCAUAUGCUUCCAUCACAAUGAUUUCCCCUGAGCGCAGAAUCAGAAUCACUGUGGUCAAUAAAAGAGAGAAUAAAUACAUUUUUUAAAACACCAAA